GUGAAUACGACCGUAGUGGGUACACUACGCCCACUCCCCCAACAACCAUGCCUCCCACGUACUUCUGCGCUGAUGGCUGGACUCGCCGUGGUGAGAGCUGCUAUCAGGUGUAUCCUCAAGCAUCAAGUUGGGGUGAUGGGGAGAAGUACUGUGCUGCCUUUAGUGGACACCUGACAAGUAUUGGCUCUGACGCUGAGGAAGCCAUCAUAAAACUACUGCCGGGAAUGACGGAUAUCAAAGCAACUUAUAAUUCUGUAUGGGUGGGUCUCAAGCUGGGAUCUGAUUCAGAUGAAAAAUUCGACAACUAA